AUGAGUGCUCAAUAUUCUGAAUUGCAUAAGGUCCAGUUUGAUAAAAUAUUUCAUAGAUAUCAUUCUGAUUAUAACGCUCUUAAAGAUAUGUAUAUGCAUGAUGAGAUACAUAAUCAUUUGGUAUACUCAUGCCAACAAUUUUGUAAUGAGACCUUAAAUAUUUAUGAAAUGAGUAAAUGUAGUUUUUAUUUGCAUUGCAUUUACCUUGGUAAGUAUUUGUAUCAUACAAGAAACACUGAUGGUGAUGAACGAGAACGAAGAUGUAAAUAUUUUAGCUACAAGCUAAUGCUUGAAAAAAAUAAUAAAUCUCUUAAAUGUAAUAAUGUAGCUGAUUGUUACAGCAAAAUGUUUAAAUAUAUGGAAGAUCGGAAAUUAAGAUCACUCAGUGAUCUCAUGAAUUGUAAAAAUCAUGAUGAAAAUAUUGAAGAUGAUAUAUUUCAGAUAUUUCACGAGCUGGAUAAACUAUAUGAUAAAAUUAAAUUAGUAGAGUGGGGUAAUAGUAGUGAAGGAGCACAAAGAGAAAUAAUAAAUAUAUAUAAGGAACUUUCGAAAAAAGGUCACGAUGAAAAAAUAUCUAGUUUAAUUUCUGCACUGAAUGCUUUUAAAGAAACAUAUGAUAUGAAAAUAAAUAGUUGUAAUUAUAGAAAUGAAUAUCUUAGGCUUCCAGUUUACAGACCAGUGAAAAGUAGAGACAAUGAAUCAGAGCAAUUAUUAUUACAAGUUAACAUAUCAGCAAAAAGUGAAGUAACAACUCCAGAAACUCAGAAAUUAAUAAACCAUGGAACGGGGGACAUUGUAGGCAUGCUUAGUUUAACUAUUGCAAUAAUUUCAACAAUUUUAAUAAUGUAUAAGAAAAACUUAUUCACUAGUAAAAUUUUUUUUCUUUCCUAUGGUUGUCAGUAUACACCUUAUUUUUCAUUUAUACGUCAAAUGAUAAGGAAAAUAAUGAGAAUGAAGAAUAAAAAAAGUAAUAAACAACUGAAUUUAAUAAAUACAUUUGAACACACAUACAAUAAUCUGAAUGAUAAUAACUAUAGAAUAAUAUAUAGCUCACAAGAAAAGCACUAA